AUGGCCUGGGUUGCAUCCAGGGUUACUCCAUACUGCCCCCAUCGCACGAGUGCCCGUGGGUCUAUCGAUUCAGCCCAGCUCCCCGAGUCAAUAGCCUUUGGUUGUCGUUUGCUCCCGAAUUGCCCCACCAUAUUGGCAAGUGAAUCUGAUGCUGUUGCGCCUGUGUCAUUCGUCCCAUGGGGAUCACCGUUUCAUAUCAG